AUGUCCAGGACGUGGCUUGUCCUGGCACCGGCCAUCGCAGGAAGUCAGAGCUUCGCUGGGUCAUUUGGAGCCUCUCAGCUUGGAAACUGUCCGGAGGUCGCACCAUGGCCAGAGCUAUUGGGCACUAUUGGCGAAGGCGCUGAGGCCUUCAAAGCCGGUGAUUUUCUGCGAGCGAAGGCUCUCCUGGCUGAAGCUGCUGAUCUGACUACUGGCGACGAGCGCAAGGCUUUUUCUUGCUCGCUGGGCAUCGCCGCACUAUACCGAGCUUUGGCGUAUGCCUAUUGCUCUCAUGUGCACAAGGACGAACGAAUCAUGAGGCGAUCGAACCAGAUUGGGUUGCGCUUCUUGCAUCUGGCGAUGAAUUGGCUGACCCAUACGUUUGUUUCAACCAAUCAUGAUCAGGCCCUCAUUGACGGAAGUGCAUGGCCAAUCGGGAUCCAGGACAUAAACAACGACCUCACGUCUGUUUAUGCAGCGAUCCAAAAGUCUGGGCCAAGCGGCCAUGCACCGACAGCGGCCGGGCGAAGAGUGCCUCACGACUUCAGGCACCUGGAUAUGAGAAUCGCCAUCGUAAGUCUUUGCGCCUAUCCACCGGACCACCCACUGCCGCGCUUCUCCUCUUCCAAUCAAGGAACCUACGCAGCCAAACAUGGCUAUUCGUAUCUGCUAGAAACGAGUCGGGUGGAUUCCCAAAGGCCACCAGCCUGGGGAAAGAUAAAGCUCAUGGAAAGGGAAGUCAAGUCCGGGAAGUGGGACUGGGUCGUGUGGGCAGACUGCGACACUUACUUCAUGAACAUGAGCAUCACCGUGGAGAGCGUCCUGUUUACCUAUGCUGGCAGAGAAGAGAGCGGUGAGCUCACUCUGGAUCCGGAGGUGAAUAUGAUUGUCAGCGAAGACAGCGCCAUGCUCAACACGGGCAUCUUCUUCGUCAAAGGAACCAGAUGGGCCGAGCAGCUCUUUGAGCGAGUCUGGGGUGCGGAUGAUUCUCCAUGGAUCAACCAUCCUUGGUGGGAGAACGCAGCAAUUGCCUGGCAGUUCCUGAAGGACAACCCUCGGAAGUUUGCGUCGGAAAACUUGGAGGAGUGGGCAACCAAAGGGGAAGAUGACCUUCAGGGUGUCUAUCCGCCGGAAGUUCGAGUCGCCCCUCAGUCCCACUUCAAUUCCUACCAUCCGAUAACGUCUCGCUUCCAACAUGACACCUGGGAGGAGGGCAAGUUCGUGAUUGCAUUCAACGGUGUGUUGAGUGCAAGCAGUCCCACAGUGGUGAGAACACUGUAUGGGAACUAUUACCUGAGAGCCUGCGAACUCAAUAACCUAUCGAGCUGCGAAGGUAUCGACUAA